UCAGAGCCAACGAAGAAGCGCAGGCCGUUCAAGAAGUUUUUCUAUCGUGGGGUUGACCUGGAUCAACUCCUAGAUAUGAAUAUGGACCAGAUUGGCGAACUAAUGCCCGCCCGUAUUCGCCGGCGUUUGAAGCGUGGACUUCGAAAUAAACAUAAGACACUUCUUAAGAAGCUUCGGAAAAGUAAAAAGGAGUGUCCUUUCGGGGAGAAGCCGGCGACGGUGAAAACCCACCUUCGGAACAUGGUUGUCCUUCCAGAGAUGAUUGGAUCAGUAGUCGGUGUUUACAACGGCAAAACGUUCAACUCGGUCGAAAUCCGGCCGGAGAUGCUUGGGCACUAUCUCGGCGAAUUUUCGAUUACUUACAAACCUGUAAAGCACGGGAAACCCGGUGUGGGAGCAACUCACAGCUCACGGUUUAUUCCCCUGAAUUCUGAACAAGUUCUUAAGUGUCUCCGACUGGAAAAGGGCCUACUUAUUUGGGAUGCAAAUAUGCGAAUAGGUACAGUAGACGGGACGAAUUCAAAAUCGUUCAAAGAGAGAACCUCAGAAGGUAUGACUUGGAGAACUGGAGAUAACUCAGUGGUUAAGGUGCGAUUGGUGAUUGGAGUUUCCGUGGUUCGAACCCAACUUCGGCAUCUCGACUGCUCCCGUUUGGGCUUGGGCAACCUGGCAAUAUCUCAGCCCUCAUGCUCCCUUCGGGUGAUAUGGCAGCGAGGUACCGAAAGAGCUGUCACUUUGUCGUGGUGGUCGGGCUUCUGUGCUGUAAUGAUCCUGCGGGCUAUACUGGCUGAAACUCAGUUCCUAAAGCUUCAACAAUCCCAGGAAGGCCAACGGGGAGGAGCCCGCCGAAGGACGCCGAGUCCCCGUACUGCGAAGCCCGGUGCUGUUCAGAAGGCAUCUGCUGUGCGCAGCCGCAUCAGAAGUGCGACAGUGAUAUCCUACUUUCUGCGUCUUCGGGCCAGACCGGCCUUCCACAUCCAAGCGGUGCAGUGCAAUCAACCCAUCUGCCAACCACCUAGCCACUGUUUCGCGUCUCAACCAUCACCCAACAAAAUAAACCAAAAUAAUCACCUAUUAACCUCUAAAGAUCUGAUUCACGUUGCAUCCUACAAUGUUGGUACUCUGUCAAAUUGGGCAAGACAUCUCUUGCUGAAACCUUAUUUUCUCUCUUUAUCGAUGUAUUUUGUGUCUCUGAAACACGCAUACAAGACCCCACUCCAGUCGUGCUCCUCAAGACGCUUAGGACAAGCCCAGAUGUUCCACCAUUCACUCUUUGGGCAUUCGGUGAUCCUGAUGCAAUGGCCCGAGGUGUCUACGGUGUGGUGGUUGCACUCAGCCCCAAGGCUGAAAGCGCCUUACUGGACUGGAUCCCAGUACACAUCUUUGCACGGUGAACGGUUGUCUGGCUCAAUUAAGGAUAACGCAGGUCGAUGUGGUAAAUGGUGUUUGGUUGUCGUAUCAGCAUACGUCCUAACAGAUAGCAGUUCUGAGACUGAGAAGGGCGAGUUUUAUCAAGAUCUGUCACUAUUGCUACGGUCGGCACGAAGGAUAGAUAUAGCAAUCCUGGCCCUUGAUAUGAAUGCCCAAGUUGGACGACUAAGUCCGGAAGAAGCACAAUUAGGUGGUACGGAUAAUGGAGAGCAGCAUCUUCAGUUGUGUACAGAUCAUCGUCUUUUCUUGGCCCGUACUAAUUACCAACACAAACGCACACAAGUAACCGAGUUACUUGGAGACCACCAACCACAGUCACCCCAUUGGACCAUAUGGUUAUCAGUUACCGAUGGAGAUCCUCGAUUAAGGAUUGUCUCCUGGGGCCCGCUUGCACUUGGCUUUCCGCCAGCACUACGCGUGCCGAAAGAGAGCAGCUCCGUUCAUCAACUUCGUCAAGUUUCGGUAGCUGAAGAGUAUCGAGCUGAUCUGGCUGGAAAGCUACGAAAAAGACAGUCAUGUAGACGACGAAGAUUGGAGGAUGAAUGGAGGCGAAUUAAAGGAACUAUGCUCCCAGCUCUCAGGACUGUUUGUCCAACCCAUCUGACUCGACUAAAUGAACGCUGGAUAUCUUCGAGAUCAACAGAUCUUAUUUCUGACAAAAAGGCCACGCCAACAACUAGCGACUACAAGCUGGAGAAGGCCUCCACUGCAGGCAACAGCAGUGCACUGUUUCAACUGAUUCGAUCAACGGGUCAAAAGAAGGCGGAUAUCAGUGAGACAACAUGCGAAAAAGACGGAACUACAAUUCACUCAAUCGCCGUCUUGAGUGGUGGGCUGAGCACUUCCAAGAGCAUUUCACUUGGUCUCCUUCAACACAAUCUCUGGAAGAACCAAGCGUGGAACAUUGACACCAACCCACCAUCAGCAACCGAAAUCUAG